AUGGAUGCUUAUUUUGAGGAGGAUAACAGUGACUCAGUCACCACCUCUGAAAGCCAAGGGUUUUCAGUGGGCAGUGGGGACGGUGUGCUGGAGUUCAAUGACUAUGCUUUAAAUGAAGAGCACCUGAGGAGCCUUACAGUAUCUACAGUGGAACCUCCAGCUUCUGCCACUCCACAGAAUGAAACUAUUGCAUCUUCUCAGCCAGUGGUCAAGCAGCCCCACAACCUGCAGCCUCAGAAUACUAGACAUCAUCAAAGACCCAUGCAGCUCUCUAGAGAUGUUGUUGAGGAAACGUGGAAAUGUAUGUCUCUGGAGGAUAGAGUCAGACUGGAACCAAAACUAAGGCGAGGACUUGGUCUGGAUAGGGCCUCCUGUGUUGAAGAGCAGGAGACAAACAGACAGCCAGGCCACAAGCAGACCACUCCUUCCCAGUCGGCACAGAUGGAAGUUGAGAGCAGCUCUUCUGUGAUGGAGGCCCCCACAGCCCUCUCUCUGUUCAAAGACCAGCAGUGGAAAAGCGUCCAGAGGGAGAUCAAAAUCGACAACCCAACUGUGAUCAAUGCUGUGCUGGAAGACAGAUUUAACAGUUUGUCUCGGUUGGAGCUGGCCAGGUAUUACAGUCAGGCUGAAUUAAUGAAGAGGAUUUUGGUGCGAAGAAAUGUCCGUUCUGAGUCUCAGUCCAAUAAGUGACAGAGAACCUCGAAC